AUAUGUUUCUGGAAAUCAAAUAAAUAAAAUCAGGUUGGGAGGAGGAGAAGAAGAAGCGCGAAUCAAGCCAGAUGAUACACUUUGUGCUGCUCAUUAGUCGUCAAGGGAAGGUCAGACUGACAAAAUGGUAUUCGCCUUACUCUCAGAAGGAAAGAAAUCAGGUAAUCCGUGAGCUCAGUGGAGUGAUUCUUAGCCGUGCUCCCAAGCUCUGUAAUUUUGUAGAAUGGAGAGGAUAUAAAGUUGUUUAUAAAAGGUAUGCUAGUCUUUAUUUCUGCAUGUGUAUUGAUGAAGAAGACAAUGAAUUAGAAGUCCUUGAAACAAUUCAUCAUUAUGUGGAGAUUCUUGAUCGAUAUUUUGGCAGUGUUUGUGAACUGGACUUGAUAUUCAACUUCAAUAAGGCCUAUUAUAUUCUAGAUGAAGUUCUAAUUGCUGGUGAGCUUCAGGAGUCGAGCAAGAAAACUGUUGCCCGGUUGAUAGCUGCACAGGAUUCAUUGGUGCAGACUGCUAAGGAGGAAGCGAGUUCAAUAAGUAAUAUAAUCGCACAAGCCACUAAGUGAGGAGAUCCGAUGUUAGACAAUUGUUUGGCAUGAUUAAAGUGUGCACUUUUCCUGUUAAUAUAGUUUAUGUUUAUGUCCCAAUUUUACUGUUGUUAAGUUGAAUGUUCGAUUUUCGAUCUUCGUGAUUUUUUUUUGGGUACAAUAGAAAAAAAAAAAAAAAAAAAACUAAUUCCAAACAGUUACAGGGA